AUUAUUACUGGCUUCGAAUUCACAAAACUAAUUGUCGAGAGACACAACAGAACAAUAAUCUUCAUGACGACGACUUCCCUCGCCUCGUUUCCGUUCUCCUCCAGGUCGAGUCGCACUCUGAUGUCUUCGUCCUUCGUGCGUUGUUUACACCGUAUCAGCUGAGACUGUCACAUGACAGGCUUGCCAACAUGCUCAACAAGGAUUGCAAUUUGUUCACUAUGGUGUCUACCCGUGGAGUGAGAGUAAAGUUCAGUGAAGGAGAGAGAGUGCUGUGCUAUGAACCUGAUCCCACCAAGGCUAAAGUAUUGUAUGACUCAAAAGUCCUUGAAGUAGUAUAUAACAAAGAUAACAAAGGCCGGAAGCAAGUUGAAUAUUUGAUCCACUUUCAGGGAUGGAACGCAUCAUGGGAUCGUUGUGUGUCUGAAGACUUAGUUCUCAAAGAUACAGAAGAGAAUAGGGAGCUGCAACGUCAGCUGGCAGACAAGGCGCAUAUCAAAUUAUCCAUUAAGUCCAAUCGGGUGUUGAUUGGAGGACCUCUAUAUAAAGACAGGAAGCGCAAGAGACGGCUCUCAGAAACAAUACGAGAAACAAUCGAGAGAGAGAAACGAAAACGAGAACAGCAGGAGGAAUCUGAAACAAGCUCACAGACUGGUACAACGGGCACAGAAGAGGAUGAUCUUGCUUCUGCAACCUCAGAAGUUGAGAGCACCACCGCUGAGGAGGAGGAGGAGGAAGAGGAGGAGAGUGACGAGGAGACAAUAGAGCGUCUCUUCCCCAUCAGCAUCCCAGAGAACCUCAAAUAUGUGCUAGAGAAAGACCGUCAGAACAUUAAUGAGAAGGAUAUGCUUCUAGAUCUACCAACUGAAAAUACAGCUUUGAACCUGUUAGAAAAUUAUGUGAAAUUUUUCGCUGUCCGUUACCUGGCUCGCACAAAAGAAAAAAGGAGAAGCGAAGUCAAAGAGAAGGACAAAACCUUCCUGACACUGGACUUGUGCAAAGAGGUAAUGGAUGGAAUUCGUAUUUGUUUUGAUUUCCACAUUGAAACGCAUCUUUUGUAUGCAAAAGAACGAAGACAAGCUGAGCGCCUAAGGAGUGCACAGCCACUCUAUUCGAAAAGAUAUUUAGAACCAGCAAAAGAUUUAUCUCUUGCUGUUGAUGAUAAAGAAAACUUUGAGAGCAUGACAGUAAACAAGGAAGAGCCGGAAGUAGAUGAUGGGAAGUCAAAGGUGGAUAAAGCCUCAAAGGAAGAGGAAAAAACCAAAGAAACGCCAGGGCGUCGUCAGCUGCGUUCAAAGAGACCACUUUCUGGGGACUCAAGUAGUACUGAGAAGGAGAAGAACCUUACAAAUUUAGCAUGUGAAUCUGGCCGUAGUACCCAACUACUAUUACCUCUGGUGCAAGCAUAGCAGGGAUUGGUGGCUUGGCAAGAACAGAUUUUACUUUGCCACUGAGUUAUCGUUCAAUUCAGCCACAUCUGCAGGACUGGACAUUGCUCCCAGAGACACACCGAAACCCUCCUCCUCCAUCACUCAUCUAUGGCCCUUUACAUCUACUGAGGCUGUUUGGUGAGA